UGCGCAGGCGUACCUCCCCUUGGGGCUCGCCGCUGCCGCCGCCUCUCUUCUCUCCUCCACGCCGGCGCCGCGGAGACGGGCGCGACUUCCGCUUCCGGGCGGGCGGGCAGGCAGGCGGCGCGGGGCUGCCGGGGAGGGGAGGGGGCGGCACUUCCGGGCGGGCCCUUGGGUCUCCCCGGAGCGGCGGCGCCUCCUCCGCCUCUCGGCCUCCUCCCGGCGGAGACCCCGGCGCCGGGUCUCCCAUCUCACAGGCGGUCCGAGAUGGAGGCCAACGCGGCGGGCAGCGGCGCCGGGGGCAGCGGGAGCAGCGGCAUAGGGGGCGAGGACGGGGUCCACUUCCAGAGCUACCCCUUCGACUUCCUGGAGUUCCUCAACCACCAGCGCUUCGAGCCCGUGGAGCUGUACGGGGAGCACGCCAAGGCGGUGGCGGCCCUGCCCUGCGCGCCCGGGCCCCCGCCGCAGCCCGCGCCGCAGCCCCCGCCGCCGCAGUACGACUACCCGCCCCAGGCAGCCUUCAAGCCCAAGGCGGAGGCGCCGACCUCCUCCUCGUCGUCCUCGUCCUCGUCCUCGUCCCAAGCCAAGAAGCCCGACCCGCCCCUGCCACCCGCCUUCGGUCCCCCGCCUCCCCCGCUUUUCGAUGCCGCCUUCCCCGCCCCGCAGUGGGGCAUCGUCGACCUCUCAGGACACCAGCACCUGUUUGGGAACCUGAAACGCGGGGGGCCUGCAUCCGGGCCGGGGGUGACGCCAUCGCUGGCCUCCCCCACGGGGACCCCGGGGCCACCUCCCGCCCCCUCGCAGACCCCGCCGGCGCCGGCCGCAGGGGCGGCCUGCGACCCGGGCAAGGACGACAAGGGCUACUUCCGGAGGCUCAAGUACCUGAUGGAGCGGCGCUUCCCGUGCGGCGUGUGCCAGAAGUCCUUCAAGCAGUCCUCGCACCUGGUCCAGCACAUGCUGGUGCACUCGGGGGAGAGGCCCUACGAGUGCGGCGUCUGCGGCCGCACCUACAACCACGUCUCCAGCCUUAUCCGCCACCGCCGCUGCCACAAGGACGCACCGCCGGCCGCCGGGGCCCCACCGCAUCCGGGCGCGCCCAUCCCGCCGCUGGGCCUGCCCGCGUCCGCGCCCGGCAACCCCGCCGCUGCCGCCCCCUCCGCCUCGGGCGCUCCGGCCACGCCGGCUGCUGCGGACGCGACCGCGGCGCCCGCCGCCCCCGCCGCUGUGGGUCCGCCCCCGGCAGCCGCAGGCGGCGGCGAGGGCCCUUUUGCCUGCCCGCUGUGCUGGAAGGUGUUCAAGAAGCCCAGCCACCUGCACCAGCACCAGAUCAUCCACACCGGCGAGAAGCCCUUCUCCUGCUCCGUGUGCAGCAAGAGCUUCAACCGCCGCGAGAGCCUCAAGCGGCACGUGAAGACGCACUCCGCGGACCUCCUGCGCCUGCCCUGCGGCAUCUGCGGGAAGGCCUUCCGCGACGCCGCCUACCUGCUCAAGCACCAGGCGGCGCACGCGGGCGCGGGGGCGGCGGGGCCGAGGCCCGUGUACCCCUGCGACCUGUGCGGCAAGUCUUACUCGGCGCCGCAGAGCCUGCUCCGGCACAAGGCUGCGCACGCCCCGCCUGCCGCGGCCGAGGCGCCCAAGGACGGCGCGGCCCCAGGCCCGCAGCCCCCGCCCGCCUUCCCCCCAGGCCCCUAUCUCCUGCCUCCCGACCCGCCUGCCACUGACAGCGAGAAGGCCGCGGCGGCUGCGGCGGCCGUGGUGUAUGGCGCGGUGCCCGUGCCGCUGCUGGGGGCCCACCCGCUGCUGCUCGGCGGGGCCGGGACCAGCGCGGCCGGAGGCGCGGGCGCCAGUGGCCCUGGAAAGACAUUCUGCUGCGGCAUCUGCGGGCGCGGCUUCGGGCGCCGUGAGACCCUGAAGCGCCACGAGCGCAUCCACACCGGCGAGAAGCCUCACCAGUGCCCAGUGUGUGGGAAGCGAUUCCGCGAGUCCUUCCACCUGAGCAAGCACCACGUGGUGCACACCCGCGAGCGGCCCUACAAGUGCGAGCUCUGCGGCAAGGUCUUCGGCUACCCGCAGAGCCUCACCCGCCACCGCCAGGUGCACCGGCUCCAGCUGCCAUGCGCCCUGGCCGGGGCUGCCGGCCUCCAGGCCACGCAGGGCGCGCCGGGGGCCUGUGGCCCGGGCGCCUCUGCCGCGUCCACGGGGGCCGCCGACGGACUGAGCUACGCCUGCUCGGACUGCGGCGAGCACUUCCCGGACCUCUUCCACGUAAUGAGCCACAAGGAGGCCCACAUGGCAGAGAAGCCCUAUGGCUGCGACGCCUGCGGCAAGACCUUCGGCUUCAUCGAGAACCUCAUGUGGCACAAGCUGGUCCACCAGGCUGCCCCUGAGCGCUUGCUCCCGCCCACACCCAGCGGCCCGCAGGCCCCGGAUGGCUCCAGCAGCGCGGACGCAGCCAGCGUGUUGGACAAUGGGCUGGCGGGAGAGGUGGGGGCGGCCGUGGCGGCGCUGGCAGGGGUGUCCGGCGUCGAUGACGCGAGUGGGGCGGUGGUGGCCGGGGGCGGCGGUGGCGCCAGCUCGGGUCCCGAGCGCUUCAGCUGUGCCACCUGCGGCCAGAGCUUCAAGCACUUCUUGGGCCUGGUGACUCACAAGUACGUGCACCUGGUGCGGCGGACCCUGGGAUGCGGUCUCUGCGGCCAGAGCUUCGCCGGAGCCUACGAUUUGCUCCUGCAUCGCCGCAGCCACCGGCAGAAACGGGGCUUCCGCUGCCCGGUGUGCGGCAAGCGUUUCUGGGAGGCAGCCCUGCUCAUGCGUCACCAGCGCUGUCACACGGAGCAGCGGCCCUAUCGCUGCGGGGUGUGUGGCCGAGGCUUCCUGCGUUCCUGGUACCUGCGGCAGCACCGCGUGGUGCACACUGGCGAGCGGGCCUUCAAGUGUGGCGUGUGCGCCAAGCGCUUCGCGCAGUCGUCCAGCCUGGCGGAGCACCGGCGACUGCAUGCAGUGGCCCGACCCCAACGCUGCAGCGCCUGCGGCAAGACCUUCCGCUACCGUUCCAAUCUGCUGGAGCACCAGCGGCUGCACCUGGGCGAGCGGGCCUACCGCUGCGAGCACUGCGGCAAGGGCUUCUUCUACCUGAGCUCCGUGCUGCGCCAUCAGCGCGCGCACGAGCCACCGCGGCCCGAGCUCCGCUGCCCCGCUUGCCUCAAGGCCUUCAAGGAUCCCGGCUACUUCCGUAAGCAUCUGGCGGCCCACCAGGGCGGCCGGCCCUUCCGCUGCUCCUCCUGCGGCGAGGGCUUCGCCAACACCUACGGACUCAAGAAGCACCGCCUGGCCCACAAGGCUGAGGGCCUGGGCGGGCCUGGAGCAGGGGCGAGUGCCCUGGCCGGGAAGGAUGCCUGAUGUUGGGGGUGGGGUUCCCAUCACCACUCCAGUCAGCGGUCCCCGUCUGGACUCGCCCCUCCCUGGGUUCUGACGAGACCCCCUCCUCGCUGUUGCCCCAUGUGUCCUUCAGAACCUCAGACAGACUAGCCGCCUUCAAGGCCCAUGCGGACAGACUCCAGACUGAAUCACUCCCCUCCUGGACCUCCCAUCCUGUCAGACACAUCGACCCUCCGUCCAUCCGUCCCCCUUGUGACCCGUGUCUGCCCUGCCCCUGCAGCAUUCUGUCCCCCAGUAAACUUUGGGGGAGGUGGGCCUGAACCACUGCCCCUACUUCCUUUGGCUGGAAAGCGGAGUAUGAGUGGAUUUUGGGGGGGGCCACAAGGGGGCUCGGGU